AUGAUUACUGCAAGCGAAGUUGCAACCCUUGAAUUUCUUCGCACAAUCCUGGAUAUUCCUGUUCCGAAAGUUCUUGCAUGGAGCUCUCCAGGGACGCAGUUAAACCCAGUGGGCGCCGAGCACAUGUUAAUAGAAAAAGUAGGUGGCCGUCAAUUGAGCGAAGUUUGGGACAGCAUGUCUGAAAGACAACGUUUCAAUUUAGUCAAGAGUGUUGUCGAGAUUGAGAAGAAACUUAUGAACACAUCAUUUACCGGCUACGGCAGUCUUUACUAUAAGGAUGAAUGUGAGGGAAGUAACUCUAAAUGCUUCAGAGCUAUUAGCACGGACAAAGUGCCUGGAAAAGAAAAGGAAGUAUCCCGAUUCGUUAUUGGUCCAACAACGGGGAGGGCUUUUUAUUUUGACAAUGACGAGAAGCAAAACGUCAGCCAUGGGCCAUGGAAAACGGCUGUGGAAUAUCUUACUGCCAUCGCGAAGCGUGAGAUAUCCUUGAUUCAGAAAUUAAACAUCGCGAGUUCGGAUGAUGCCUUGCCAUUUUGGGAACGAGUCAGUACGCCAUCAUCGUCUAAGCUUCACGUCAAGCUCCUCGAGCAAUUUAUUUCCGUCCUCCCUUACAUAAUUCCCCCGUCUGCAAUCACCCAGCCUGUCCUAAUGCAUCAGGACCUCCACUUUGACAAUAUAUUUGUUGAUGCAACAGAUCCGUCGAAAAUCUCGGGUAUAAUCGAUUGGCAGGCAACGUAUGCUUCUCCGAUCUUUAUGCAGGCACGAUUCCCCUCAAUUUUUGACUGCGACGACCCAUACACUUGGGGCGCCGUGCAGCUUGCUCUUCCACAGGAAUUUGAAACAUUAUCAUUGGAGGAGAAAAAACUAGCCGAGGAUUCACUUGACCGCCUCAGGUUAAAGAAAUUUUACGAGUUAGCCUCAAGGAAAAUGAACCCUCUGCUAGUUAAGGCGAUGGAUGCUAUGAGAAAUGACGAGUAUCCAACGUCAUUUAUCUUUUACAUAGUGCAGCAGUCGGCGUUUGAUGGGCCAAUACCGCUAAGAGAGCUCCUCAUUCAGGUUUAUGAACAAUGGGAUCAGGUAGCACGCAUGGAUGGUGUGAUACCGGCUUGCCCUAUUUCAUUUACAGAGGAGGAGAUAAAACAAGCGCGUCAACAGGCUGAGGAAUGGGGAGAAUCGUUCGGUGAAUUUGAGAACUUCCGAGCAAGCCUUCUUGGUGAAGAUGGAUGGGUUCCGCAUGAACAGUAUGAAGAAGCUAAACGAGAGUUUGAACAUUCUAAAGGCGAACUUGAGAAGUUAAGGGAAAAGCUAGAGCAGACGUUAUAG